GCGACAUAUGGAGCGGGUGGUGGAAGAUUAAGAGCGUGCAGAAGCCGCCGCCGCCGCCGCCGCCGCAGACCCUGAUGCUUUAGUUCUCAGGAGGAACUGCAUGGGAUAUAUGUUGGGGAAAGGAGGAAAGCGGAAGUUUGAUGAGAAUGAAGAUGGGCUGGAAGGCAAAGUGGUGUCUCCUACCGAUGGUCCAUCUAAGGUGUCUUACACCUUACAGCGCCAGACUAUCUUCAACAUUUCCCUUAUGAAACUUUAUAACCACAGGCCAUUAACCGAGCCCAGCCUGCAAAAGACAGUUUUAAUCAACAACAUGUUGAGGCGAAUCCAGGAGGAACUCAAACAGGAAGGUAGCUUGAGGCCUGUGUUCAUCACCACUUCACAGCCUACGGAUCCUUUUGGGGACAACUUUCGGGAGGUUCAACCUGCCUUUAGCCAUCUGGCCUCUCCGCCAGCCCACCCCACAGACUCCGUGAGCACUACGCCCCUGGAGUCUUGCCUCACCCCUGCCUCUCUGCUUGAGGAGGACACUUUUUGCACUUCCCAGACUAUCCCACCAGAUGGUCCUACAAAACUACCACCUCCAACUAUCCAACCAGUAAAGGACAGUUUCUCCUCGGCCUUGGACGAAAUUGAGGAGCUCUGUCCAACACCUACCUCCACUGAGGCAGUAGUAGCUGCAGCAACAGCAGAAACAACGGCGUCAGAUAACUCUAAGGAGAACUCCAGUGAAUCCAGCAUUCAGAAGCCUGAGGGAGUACCAGAGAGCAGAAUAAACGAACCUAAAUUAAUGGACUCUUUACCUGGUAAUUUUGAGAUCACAACAUCUACAGGUUUUCUUACAGACUUGACCUUGGAUGAUAUUCUCUUUGCUGACAUUGAUACGUCUAUGUAUGAUUUUGACCCUUGCACAUCUUCUACUGGAGCUGCCUCAAAAAUGGCUCCUGUCUCCGCAGAUGACCUCCUAAAAACUCUGGCUCCCUACAGCACCCAGCCAGUAACCCCAAAUCAGCCUUUCAAAAUGGACCUUACAGAACUGGAUCAUAUAAUGGAGGUGCUCGUUGGGUCUUAAAAAAUAUAGCAACUUUUUAAAUGUACCAGUAUAAACACUUGGUAGUAUUUUCACAACCACCUCCCUCCUUACAAACCUACCCAGACACACACACACACUCUGCAUGCGUCUUUGCUUGUCUCUGUUUUUUUUGUUUUUUUUUAAAGGGUCACACUAGUUUUUACUUCAAGCAGAGUUGGAGUGCCUUCAUCCAUGUAUGACCACUUUUAAUAUAUUUUUGAAAGUGGUUCAUCAAGGGAGACCUGAAAUCCUGAUAUAGGAAAAAAAAAUUGCAUAUUGUAAACAAUAUUAAUAUGUUUGACAAAAAUGAAUUGUAAAAGCUAAGCACAAGGAUUAUGUUGGGGGAAAGCUGUAAAUUGCAUGUGCAUAUUUGUCUAUUUUUUCUAUAAGUUUUAUUGCAAGAGGUUUAAAAUAUUAUUUAGAUAAUCGCAGUACCUUUUGGCAUUUUAGCCCUGUCUAGGUUGACUUAGCAAUUCAGCCUUUUUAGAGGUAUUAACUAUUCCUCUUUAAAUGUUGCAUUUAGAAACUGCUAUCCAAAUUUAUUUUAUAUUUUUGUACAGAUUCUGCAAUUUAUGAUAUUGGGGGUCUUUUCUUAAAAAAAGAAAAAGGAAAAAAACAAAAACAAAAUGCUGUUUAUACUCACACAAAAAGGAAAUAGCUAUUUUGGUAGGAUUUGCUCACCCAGUUCCUGCAUACACCUUCUGAUGUACAAGAACUGCUUGUAGUUUUAUACAGACUUGUAGUGUGUUUUUUAUGUGUAUAAUGGUGCAAAGAGAAAUUUGGAUCAAACCAGUCUGCAGUUGGCCUCCCUAAAUCCAGACACACAUGCUUGAAGGAAAAGGCCAAGGGCUCUUCCCUUAAAAGUUUCACAAAUAUUUACUCCCUGCUGUGUACUACUGUGAUUAACAAAAACCUUAGAGCCAUGUAUAUUCCAACACUGAUGUCAAACAGUGGGCAGGAAAUAGCUGUGAAACUUCUUUUCUGAUUCAACUCCUUCCUUCUUCUCACCACCACCUCCAAAAUGAUCAAUACUUAAAGGAAUAUCCUGAAACCAUUUUUUUAAAUUGAAAAACAGACUUCAGCCACAAUCCAACACAAAGUUGAGCACUCUUGUGCAUAUUUGCUUCUUUCACGUUUUGCUUCUUUCACUGCAGGAGUGUUGCGCCCUUGGAAAGACCUUUCAUGUGAGUGCAACUCUCCUUCUGUUUGCAGAGCGAAAACUUAGAAACCAAGCCAUAGAAAUAAGAGGCCUGAAGGCUGCAAUCCUAUACCCACUUAUUUGAGAGUAAGUUCCAUUGAACGCAUUAGGACUUACUUUUGAAUAGACCAUUGCAGGGUUGCACUUAACUCUGUGUUGGGCUUGUGUGCCUGUUGUAGUUGCAUCUCGUCUAUGACUUAUGAAGUUGUUAAUGGGUUUGAAUGGAAAUGUACCGACAAUUUGGCUGUAGCCAUUCAUUUUUGUUUGUUUUGUUUCGUUUUGUUCUAAAGAAGACUUUUCUUCUUGGCUGCAUAUUAGCUACGCUUACUUGAAAGAAAGUUGCAUGUCAAUGAAAGUUGGAAGUAAAUGGAGCUUCCUUUCAAGGAAAUGCGUUCAGGAAAAAUGGGGGGAAAUGUCCCUCUUGUCUCUCGUAUGGUAUAAUGCUAAUUUACCAUAUUCCUUUGAAUUAGUCUUAUGAUUACCCUUGCCCUUUUCUUGGAACAUUAUUGUUGUUGUUAUUAUUAUUAUAAUUAUUAUUAUUAUUAUUAUUCACUGUAUUGACAAGUGCUGGAAAAAAAGCAACUUCAGUAUUACUGCAGUGAAAUCAUCUCUUAUCGGCACUGGAUGGGACUCACUCAAACAUCCAUUGCUGUCGAAACUGGAGCCGAUGAUAGUAUGAACAUUUGGUAUCUUCGCUAGGGUUGGUUUCUUGAAUCAACUGUGUUACCUGCUUUACACUUUAUAAGGCCUGUUUUACAAUGUAUAGACAACUGCAACUCUCUCUAUGCAUGUUCCUUCCCACUGAAGGCUUCUCAUUACUGCACCUGUUGCAAUUUUUCCCCUCUGUAUUCAUUGUGAUGUACAUUUAUUUUAAAGAAAACUUGCAAUGUUAUCAUGCCUGUUGCUCAAAUCGCUAUGGCAUAUUAAUUUUAAAUGGUACUUAAUUGAGUGCAGGUUACAAACUAUAUUGUUGAUAAGCAUAUGGCUUCUUUAGGAAUAACUUUUAUAUUUAUUUAAGAAAUUUUAAAUUAUGUUUUAUGUAAUUUGGCAAUAUUCAGUCAAUUCUGCUCACUUCUUGUCAUGGAUAAAAAAAAAUUGGGUCUUGUCUGCCUUUAAGAAGGCAGUUUUAUAAAACUGGCACUUUAGAACAGGCCGUAUCUAUUUAUUUAAAAUACAUUUAAUGUAUUAUGUGUAAUGCACACAACAGCUCCUCAUUCCUCUACAAACCAACUUUGCAAUUAAAGACUUGCUUCUCUAAGCAAAACAGAUCCUGCAUAAUUACCAUUUGAAUCCUAAUUUGUCAGUCAGUUUUUAAUAUCUUGAAAAGUCUAAGGGUGCAAUCCUAUACAUGAUUAGACAGGAAAAAAGUCCUACAAUUCCCAGAAUUCCUCAGCUGGCUUGGCUAGCUGGGGAAUAGUGAGAGUUAUAGAACUUCUUUUCUGUCUAAACAUGCCCUAAGUCACUCAAAUAACAGUGUGGUCGUGAAAUAAUUGAAGUUGCAUGUCCUUAUGUGAGCACAUUUUUGCCCUUAUUGGUAGUCUUGUAGGGAAGGAGAAAUGCUGGAACAUUUUGAACUCUUAACAACAAGUUGUAACUAAUUUAGAUUGUAAACUUCUCUGGGCAUGGGCCUGUUCUUUAUUACUCUGGCAAGCACCAUGUGCCUGACUAGAAGCGUAGAAAUCAUAAUGAUAAAAUAGCCCAUCAUAUAAAAAUCUUGUAGUGGUGCAGUCUAGGUUGGUCAAUAGCUGCAUGAAAGUUACCGGUCCACAGAAAUUGUUACUAGUCUACUGACUCACACAUAGCUGUACUCAUAAUUUGGUGUACUCAUAACCAGUGGUUUGAAAGGGGGAAAUCAAAAGAAACAACUCAGUUCCAGUUUACAGAUCCUCCUCUGCUAAAUCAGCUGGAGAUGCUGAUGUGCUACCAGCCCAGUGGCUAGAUAUAACCUUGAGUACAGAUUCUGAAGUAGAGUGUAGUUACCUGCAGUGUGAGUUUACAUCACACUAUUAUGCAAGCACAGCAAACAUGUCUUAGCUGGUGCAAUCUUAGGUUCAGGCUAAAAUCCAUAAAUUUACAAGGAUUGUUAAGGGCGGGGGGGGGGAUAAUGUAAGCAAAACAUGCUUUACCAUUAUGAAAAUCUGAUUUUACACUUAACUUAAAAACAACUGCCCUCUUCUUUGGACUAGUUAAAUGAAUAUUUAAACAAAAACCAUAUGUUGGGCAAGAGUUCAAAUGAACGUCAUUUUUAGAGCAAAGCAGUAUGUUUGUUUUUCAAACACCAGUCUUACCAAGCAGAGUAAAUCCAUCUGAAACUUUGCAACUGAAGUCAAUCUUCUUAGGACUAGAUGGUAACUGUGGCAGGCAAUGCAACUGCCCUAUAGAAUUCUAUACCCAAAUGUCUAGGACUUCAUAUUUUGGAUUGUAGACCUUGAAAGUAUCAAAUGAAAUUCUUCUGCUCUAGGGUAGCUUCUCUGUUCUCUCUAGCAUGACCCCAACUUUUGAAGAAUUUAAUGGGUUAAGAUUUCUCCUUUCCCCUCCCUGACCCUCAACAUCCAUAAAUGCUGGGGGAAUUUUUUUGCAAGAAGGGAGCAGAAUUAAAAAGAGCUUUUUGAAUUUGAAGUGAUUUUUUUUCCAUUUUGUUUUUCAUAAGUUAUUUAUUCCUUUUUAUUUUCCUUUUGUAAAUAUAUUUAUUUUAUUGUGAAGCUAACAACAUCUGGAUUGUAACAUGUACAGAAUGUAUGGUAGGAAUGUAUUCUCUUGUAGGAGUGUUGAUCCGUACAAGAGGGGGAUGAAAGUUAGGUUUGGAGAUCCUUAACUGGGUUGAAUUCAGGAGACAUGUCAUUCACAAGAUCACCUCCCCACCCCCGCCAGCCCUCUUCCUGCUUUUCUCUACUAUGAGUAGAUCUGGUUGGAUAGAAUUAUGCAAAAAAAAAAAAAGUUUAUAAACUUAGUUAUAAAAAUUAAACUGUUUUGUAUUGUUGGUUACUUUUAAAAGGGUAGAUCCUAUUCUGAUCAACACAUCCUUUGUUCCAAUGAGGCUUUUGUCAUAUCAUCUUUGCCACUGUACAUGUCUAUUCAGGUCCCACUGAGUUCAAAGAGACUUCCUCCCAGGUAAGUGUAUCUAGAAUUGCAGGCUCAGGGACCUAAACCAAUCUAUUUUCACACUGGUAGCUUGAACUGGAUGGGUGUGCUAGGACAGUAUAGCCAGAGGCACCUGAAUAGGGUUGCCAAUGUAACUGGAUAUUCACAGGGUAAACGUGUUUUAAUAUUUCUCCCACCCUCCAGGGAUUCAUGCAAGCAGUGCUGGACACCUGUUUCCCAAGAGGGAGACCUGACGGGGCCCGUGCUUAGCAACCUGGUUUAUUACAGGGCAGGGUGCUGUAGGGUGAGGAAGUGGGUUCCAUGCCAGCUUUCAAACCACACAUUUAAGCUUUACAAUAAAACAAUCUGAUGUACACAUCAGCACAAACGACACACAUCAAAUGCUAAGCUUUAUUUCCCUUUUCUGAUUAAAGUUUUAACUUGGAAACGCCACUAUUUAUGGCUAGGGGGUUAGUGUGUGUGCACACUCUUCUACUAGGAUGUCUACACAGGAGGUUUCAGAACAAAACUAAGCAAUGUAGGAGCCAAUAAGCAGGGAUGGGCAGAGGGUGAUACCCAUGACAGGAUGGAUUCUUCGUCUAUCCCAUGUAUGGAUAACAUAAUGCGCAACGACACUAAUGCACUGUUGGGUGCUCCAUGGCUUACAGAAAUCAACUAUGUUGACUUCUGUAUAAGUAAUGGAGGGAAGAAACCCAUGUGGGCAAAAUGGCAGUUCAUGUUGAACAAAACCUAUUUAAGUGUGUAAAUAUACUAUACAUUUACAAGUAAUGAGCAUCUACUUCCACUUUUUUGUUGCUUUUCAAAGGAAUUUGCUAAGGUGGGUGGGGGAGCAGUAGACCAAAUUUUGGGGUUGUUGACGCAAAUCUAUAGAUGCAGACAAAAAUGACAAAAGUUUACAGAUGCUUCAGGGCAGGAUAAAACAGUGCUGAAUCACAUAACUGCUUUAGGAGUGUGGUUGUACUGUUUUGAAGCUAAAAAAAGCACCACUUCCACCUUCUUUAAAAGCACUUGAUCAGCAAGAAGACAAAAGACAACAACUUCAUCUAUACUGUAGACUGGGUUAACAGAGAUCUGCCCCUAUCAGGGUCUUCUUAAGAAAGGAGUUCUGUUAGGGAUAAAACAGUUACCAGGACACUCGCUAUGCUAUGGUUUUCAGGGUUCUUUGUGGGGAAGCCCUGACAGUUAAUUAGUUUGUAGAAUAGAUGUGUCCUGAUCCAGAGAAACAGAAAUGCAUUAGUGCUCUUAGACUUAUUCCACGUUUCUUCCUUCCACAGAACAAAUUGGGUGGGUUUGCACAAUCACAGAGAGAACAUAAGCCACGGUGGCUUAGCGGCCCUGGGUGAUCAUGUGAACCCUGUCAAAAUCUGUGCUGGAGGGAGAGGCAAGUGCCUGCCCAGAAUGCUUCUCCACAACAUAAGUCUUCUGUAUCCCAGGGACUCAAUGUGGUGGAAUUUUUUGCCAUCGCUGCCGAUUGCACGAACCUUUGCACAGAAAUCUGUUGCCACAAACAUCGCCCUUAAUGGCUCAUAUUUGCAGCGAGAUACAGAAUACGAUCUACCUUUUCAAAGUGAUCAGUCUGAGAAUAAAUUGUACCAUGUGAUUUUUCCUGCUAUCUUCUAGAACCUGUUUUGUGAAUCUGAAGUUUACAGUUGAAAAACAAACAAAAAUGAGCAAAUGUAAAUGUAUUCCCCGGAGAAAUGGUUAAUUGGCUCUAGAAUGAAUUGUGUCUCUUUCUUAAAAACAACAACCACACACACAAAGCAGGAACUUGCUUUUAUUAAUGUUUCAGUGCUUUAAAUAUUAUGGCUGAACAUUUAUUUGGAAUUUUUCACUCAUUUUAUAGCCUUUUGUUUUCAAUGUUAUGCUAAAAAUAAUCCUAAUGCAAAUUUUGGAUUUUGUUUUAAAUUUAAAAAAAAAAUUUUUUUUUAAAGAAACCCUUGUAAAUGCUUAACAAUGUAAUCCAUACUAGACUCUCUAAAGGCAGAGAUCCUGGAGUUGGGGUUGGGUGGGAGGUGUAAAUAGGCUGGACACGUUGGGUGCAUGGUUUUAAAACACGGUGUGUUUUUCUGUCAAAAAGGCUGUAUUUUCUCUCCCCUCCACCCCUACUGUGUUCCUCCCCCAAACCACAGACCUUAGAGCUGUGCCUUUUCUAUGCAAUAUUACAGACAUAUACAUCUGAAACCAGAUUACUGUAUUCACUUGUAGGUAUGGGCUGUAAUAAUAAUAAUAAAAAAAAAACAGUUGGGCAAAUUACAUGGAAAUGAGCAGUCUUACUUUUGUAGUUUUAUAUUAUACAAUAAACAAUUUAAAAAGAA